GCAACUUUGACUUUUGGUGGGUAUUAUUUUUUUGUAUCUCGGUCGGUGAACAGCGCUUUUUCCGUGAAUUGAAAAGAAAUAAAGUAUUGAACAACAAAGAAUCAAAUCAAAGAAGAAGCAAUAAUAAAAUACACAACAAACAUCAUCUCUCGUCUGAAAUAAAAAGAUCGUAAAGAAAAUCAAAAAUAUUUCGUUUAACAUAAAAUCAUCAUCAUCGCGCAAAGGGAUGAAUUGAGAUUAAAAGCAACAACAAAAACAAAGGAAUUAACAUAAGAAAUAUAAAAAGUAAAAUAAAGAGUAAAAGUAAAUUUAUGAAAUAAAGUAAAAAAGAGCAACAUUCUUUCUAUAACCCCCAGUCAAUAAUUGAAUCUCAAAUCACGAUCGAUUUUUUUGUGUGAGUUAACAAAAAAAAAAAGAAGAAAAAUAGCAAAGAAAAAAUAACAAAAACAAGUUGAAUCAAAGCAAAAAAGUGAAAUAGAAACCAGAAGAGCAACAACAACAAAUCUCUUGCAAAGAAACAAAUCAUAACAAUUAAAUUUCCAUCCGAAAAAAAGAAAACUAGAGUGAAACAAACAAUAAAAACAACCAGCAGUAAAUUUUGUGCAAUAAUUUGUUUUCCAACAAACAAAAUAAAACAAGUUUUAGCUAUUUCCUAAACACCCCUAUUGGAAACUCCUUUCAUAAUCAAAAUAAAUAUUAUCCUCAAAAGGAUAUUAUCUAUCGUCUAACGAUCAGCAUCAGUGUUAUCAUCAUCUCAGCUAGUGAAGCCAGCAAUAAAGAAUCUUUUGAAAUAAGUUUUAUUUUGUUUUGAACAAACUCAACAUUUUUUACAUCAUGAGUGUCUGUGAAAAUAACAAUGCGGUUCAGCAACAGCUGCAACAACAAACGCUGCAGCAUCAACCAGUUGUGGUGCAGCAGCAACAACAACAGCAGCAGCAACAACAGCAGGUGACACAACAAACACCGCAACAACAGCAACAGACGACACAAAGUAUUGCUGAUUAUUUGGCUCAAUUACUUAAGGAUCGCAAACAGUUGGCAGCAUUUCCCAAUGUCUUCAAUCAUGUGGAACGUUUAUUAGAUGAAGAAAUUGCCCGCGUUCGUGCCUCACUAUUCCAAAUAAAUGGUGUGAAAAAAGAACCCCUAAUGUUGCCAGAACCCGAGGGAGCCACUGUGUCAUUAAAUGAAAAAGUCUAUGUACCUGUGCGAGAACACCCAGAUUUCAACUUUGUUGGUCGAAUUUUGGGUCCUCGCGGCAUGACAGCCAAACAAUUGGAACAAGAAACUGGCUGUAAAAUCAUGGUCCGAGGCAAGGGCUCCAUGAGAGACAAAAAGAAGGAAGAUGCCAACAGAGGCAAACCCAAUUGGGAACAUUUAUCCGAUGAACUGCAUGUCCUCAUCACCGUCGAAGAUACAGAAAAUCGUGCCAAAAUCAAGCUGGCCCAGGCCGUUGCCGAAGUGCAAAAACUACUUGUACCUCAAGCGGAGGGCGAGGAUGAACUUAAAAAGCGUCAACUUAUGGAAUUAGCUAUAAUCAAUGGCACUUAUAGGGAUACGACCACAGCGAAAAACAUGGCUCAAGUCUGUGACGAAGAAUGGCGUCGUGUGGUGGCUGCCGCCUCGGCUGAUAAUCGCCUCUUGGCUCCUGCACUGCCUGGCCUGGCCCAAACAAUGCGUGCCCCCCAGGCCGCCCCACUGGGUGCCCCCUUGAUCCUGUCGCAACGCAUGACCGUGCCCACAUCGGCGGCGAGCAUAUUAUCGGGUACCGCAACCCCAGCGCCCGCAUUUGAAAAUCCCGCCCAUGGCAUGAUCUUUGCCCCCUACGGUGAUUACAACAUCUACAAUACCGCCCUGACCGGAAAUCCUCUGCUGACGGAAUACACAGAUCAUAGCGUAGGAGCCAUUAAACCACGACGUUUGGCGGCUACACGUGAACAUCCAUAUCAGAGAGCAGCAGUUGGGGUCCCAGCAAAGCCGGGCUUUAUUGAAAUCAAUUAGUAAUUUAGUUUUACAAAAAAAAAAAAAAACAAGAAAAUUAAAUAAUUUAUAUGCCUUACACACUUACAAAAAAACCUGCAGAGAAGUGAAUGAAAAAAAAAAUCAAACAAUUUUUUUUAUACAGAAAUUAUUAAUUUUUUUAUAAGGAUUCAAAGUGUGUUGAAAAAAAAAAUAACAGUAACGAACAAAUUUUAUAUAAUUUUCUUAAAUAAUUUAAAUUAAGUUUUCAUUAAACAAACCAAAUUCAUACUUUUGUUUUUCCCAAAAAAAAAAAAAGAAAUAACUCAAAACUGUUGUUAGCAUAGAGCCCUAAGGCUGGGGCCCCUGCCCUACCCCCUCAAAAAAAAUAUCUCUGCUCUGAUAUCCGUUGUGGCAAAAAAUCGCUUAUUACUCCUCCCUCUCACUGUCUGAAAAAGUUUUUCCUUUUUCCAAAAAAAAAAAAAAAUAUAUAAUUACAGCUUAAACAGAUGACUAAUCUGAACAAAAAAAAAGCCAAAACAAAAAUCCGUCUUGUAACUAAAGAAGCUGUUCCCCUCCAAGGGGUAGUCACGGGAAACGGCGCAAUGUAAAUGACUUGUAAAGCACACAAUUGUGAAUGUGAAUAAAAUACACAACACAACACAGGGGUCCAGUCCAGCUCAGCUAACUAAUGAUGCCGAUGCUGUAACAGCAGAGCAACAAAAAUCUCCUCUUGAAAUUAGAAGAGGAGAUCCUUGAGGAAAAUCAUUUUAUGAAAAAAAAAAACGAUUUAUGGAAAACAAGAGUCUCAACCAGGUCUUUGAAGACACAACAUUCAAAAUUGAAUCUCAUUUAACAACAACGACAACAACAAAAACCCGAAAUAUCCCGGCAGCAAACAAAAAUGAAUUUUUUGCUAGAAAUCUCUUCAAUUCUCUGUAUAAUUUGAAAACAUUUUUAAAUUAAACUAACGAACAAAACAAUUACCUUUUUCUCUCAACUUCAUCCUACAUAUACCCCACUCUACUUAUGUUUCUCUUAUUUCUUAUAAAUUAAUUUCAUGAUUAAUUAUAUUUAUCUGAUAAUGUAAACCCCCCACAAAAACCAAACCAAUUUUCAUUAUUUUUACAUCUCUAUUUUGUAUUCAAUAUUAAUUACUAUAUUUUCUCUCCUUCCCCCCUCCUAAUUUUUAUAUCACUUGAGUGUAAUAUUUACUUAAAAUAUAUUUUUUUUAUUUUAUAAUGGAAAUAUAUAAAUAUUUUUUUUUUUAAUUUUCUGUUUAAGUUUAAAAAAAAGAAACCCAUUGUUAAUACAUUACAAAAUUAGCAACAAAUGCAAAAACAAAAAAAAGUGGAGAUACCUAUAUUUAGGUUUAUAGAUUUUGUUUAUUUUGGAUUAAUGUAUUUUUUUUCUUUUUUUUUAAUUAGCAAAUAAUCAAAACAAAUUAAAUAAUAAUUAUAAUAUGUAAUUUACAGGAAACAAAGAACAAAAAGAAAAAAUAAAAUAAAAAAUAUAUUUUUUUUAUAUAUAUUAACAAAAAUAAAAAUCUCAAAAUAAAAAUAAACUCUAAAAUUUACACAAAACCUAGGAGAAAAAAACAUAUUUUGUUUAACAAAAGCAAACUAAGCGCCAUAUUUAGUUGUUAACUAUAUUAAAAAAAAAUAAAUAAAUAAAAUAAUAAAGAAAACUCAAAAAAAAAAAAA